UAUUAGAAUCAACUGUGCGUACUUAUCCUAGCUUACAGACUACGCAAAGUAAAGUCACGCACCCAUUCAUGUUCGAAUUUCACGUACAGUGCCGGUCAUCGUUCCAGAAAUAAGAUGUUCCUUUAGCGAUGGACAGUUUCGGCAAGGCGAAUGCUCGAGUCUGAGCUACCACAAAAAAGCAUGUGCAUAUCUCCACAAGCAUAUCACCUCGUUUCGAAGAACCAUUCUAUGCAUUAUAGCCGCUGAAGGUGUGCUUAGACAACAAUAGUUUUACGCCGCUAGCAUCUGGAACAAAUUAUAAAAGUAAAGUUCAUUUACCAAAGAUAACGGUAAUAUUGUAGAGUGAAUUGAAAGCGUACACAGCUUAUAACGAUAAACAAGCACUAAACCCACAGAAGCAAGCUUGUGUACAUCAAAUGACUGCGGCAAGGAACAUGUGCCGCAGCAUGUGUUGCAAAGUGUAGCAGACCGUUGCCAUUCUUGACACAUGUGCACUUUUGUGCAGACAAACUGUUGCAGUGAUUGUAGUAAGUGUGCCGGUCUGCAAUUUAUCUGUAUUGGAGAUAUUCCUUAGCAGGAACAAUAGAUUCACUAUAUAGCUUAUUUGAGGAAGAAUUUGCCAUAGAAUAUUGGCCUACAGUCUGAUUGUCGCGCUGUGUUCAACAGACUCAGCAAUAGCUGUCCCGAUUUUGAUGGAAUUUGACCAUCGAACUGCUAUGGGCUCACACUAAAUGAUGUUUGUUUAGCCGGUUUAGCCCUACUUAACGAAAUUAGUGCAAUAACAGCAGAAGUUAUUAAAAAAAUAUCGAACACACUUAUGUGUUGGAUGCGACUUUGUCUUCAACUUAUUCUGCUCUAAUAGACAAUCAAUUACCGUUGUUGUUGGAAGAUGUGACCAGCACAUUUUGCUAUUAUUGUGCUAGAACAUAUUAAUGCAAUAUUUGAACAGCGGUGGAUUAUAAGAGGAAGUCUAUUUCCAUGGCUUUCGCGAUCACCAGGCUUAACUUGUCUUGAUUUGUAUAUAUGGGGACAGUUAAAGGACACCGUGUUUCAACCUACAACCAGAGAAGGUUUUUCUCUUGGUCAUUUUAGUCAGAACUUUUGGAUAGCUUCCCAGAUACAGUAUCUCUCAUUGUUAGUUGGUCAUCCUGUACGUUCUGAGAGUCUGUGGGAUACGUGCUACAUCUUGUUUGGAUUAGAAAGGUACCGUCAGUGAAACUACAGAUGUUUCUUUGACUGGGAAUUAAAUAAAAUAAUCUACUCACAAAUCGAACCCUGGCAUGCAAACCGUGUGAAGAAACACGUUUAACCGCUGAGCGACACUACAAACAAAUUCUUUAUACUUUGCUAAUAUCUAUGUGCAUAAUACAAGUUUAUAUAUUGCGCUUGAACUUGAGUAACUACAAUUUUUCCGUGUAUACUGCGCCUAUGACAUGAUGGAGGCAGAAAUCAAAUCGUGGUUAAACGAUGCCUUGGCCGAUGAACAUUUUGUGCACUUCGAAGUGAAAUUGGGGGUCGGAACCGAAAAAGGCGACGGGUUUGUAGGACAAAUGAUCUUUGUGACAGUUGAAGGGGUAAGCAAGAAUGACAAACCCAAGAAACUGGAGUUGGUUCUGAAGACAUCCAAAGAUAAUCAAGCCUUUCGUGAAGAUAUAGGUGCAUUAGCUUUUGAAAAAGAGAUGCAUGUAUAUGAGAAGGUAUUUCCAACGUUUGAAGGAUUUCAAAAUCAACAUCACGUGCGGACACCGUUUACAGCGUAUCCAAAGUGCUAUAAGUGUCUUAAGCUGCACAAGAAGGAAAUUCUGGUGUUUGAAAAUCUACGACCGCUUGGAUACGAAUUGCAUAACAAAAAGAUAUGCUUAAAUCUGGACCACACCAGGAUCGUUUUGCAGGAAUACGCCAAGCUGCACGCUUUAUCGUUCGCCUUGAAGGACCAAAACAAAAAGAAGUUUGACGACUUAGCAACGGCGUCGAAAGACUUGUGGGUAGAUUUUUUGAGUAAACCCUCUACUCUAAGUAACAUCGACAAAUCUAUUCAAUCUACGUUAAGGCUACUCAAAGAUCGUGAAGAUCCACAGGUAUAUGGAAAAUUCGCAGAGAUAUUAAAAGGAGGAACGGAUAAACUAGUGAAAUUAUUUGGAACUGUAGAUGAACAAUCUGUGUGGCUUCAUGGAGAUUGUUGGAAUAAUAACUUCAUGUUCCAGUAUAAGAACAACAACAAAACCACUCCAACGGCAGUCAAAAUCUUAGACUGGCAAACAUCUGUGAUGAAGACUCCGGCAUGUGACCUGUGCAUGUUUCUAACUCUGACCAGCUCGCAGUCAGCAUACAUGUUUGACCAACUCUUGAGGGAAUAUCAUGACCAGCUUUCAAACUUCUUGAAGCAACUGGGCAGCAGUCCUGAUCUGUUCACGUUCGAAGACCUCCAGAGACAUUGGAAGAACUUUUUACCUGGUGCUUUGAUGUUCGCCCCGUUAGGGUUUGCGUUCAUCCUAGCUGUGAAGGAAGAAUUGCCAGAGUUUGGAGAGAUGAAGGAAGGUUCAGAUAUAGGAGAUUUCAUGGAUAUGCCUAUUCCAGAAACCGAUGAAUUUUAUGAAAAACUGAAGCCUCUAAUAGAAUAUGCUAACAACUUGUAAUAUUACAUUAUUGAGAUGAAACAAAGGAUUUUUUAAAUGUU